AAGAGGGAAAAGAGGACGUGGUGAGCUCAUGUCAGUGACAGCAGACAGGGAGUCUCCGGCCUGUCUCACAACACACUCGGUGCUUUUAUUAAUUUUCCACAAGAAAAAAGGAAGCAGAAAGGAAAAAGGAACACAGAGGGAUCACAACCAAAAACGGGGCUUAUUUAAAGGUCAUCAAACAUAUCUACAGAACAAACAACGCUAUCAGUGGCGAAACGGAGGCCUGAGCUUUCAUCCUAAGAGACCGUGGGUCCUCACCAGCCUGCACAAUGGCGUCAUCCAGCUGUGGGAUUACCGCAUGUGCACACUGAUAGAUAAAUUUGACGAGCAUGACGGCCCUGUCCGCGGGAUUGACUUUCACAAGCAGCAACCGCUCUUUGUGUCCGGGGGAGAUGACUACAAAAUUAAGGUCUGGAAUUACAAGCUCCGACGCUGCCUCUUCACCCUCUUGGGUCACCUUGAUUAUAUCCGCACCACCUUCUUCCACCAUGAAUACCCCUGGAUUCUCAGUGCCUCUGAUGAUCAGACCAUCCGGAUUUGGAACUGGCAAUCUCGCACUUGUGUCUGCGUCCUGACCGGUCACAACCAUUAUGUAAUGUGCGCACAGUUUCACCCGUCCGAGGAUCUGGUAGUAUCUGCCAGCUUGGACCAGACGGUGCGCGUCUGGGAUAUUUCUGGCCUACGGAAGAAGAACCUCUCUCCGGGCGCAGUGGAGUCUGACGUCCGUGGAAUCACCGGGGUGGACCUCUUUGGGACCACGGAUGCUGUGGUGAAGCACGUUCUGGAGGGACACGACCGUGGUGUGAACUGGGCAGCUUUCCACCCCACCAUGCCUCUCAUAGUGUCCGGGGCGGAUGACCGGCAGGUGAAGAUCUGGAGGAUGAACGAAUCUGCUCUGCCCAGUACAGGCCCGUUCUCCAUAGACAUCAGCAGAGAGUCCAAGGCCUGGGAAGUGGACACGUGCCGUGGACAUUACAACAAUGUCUCGUGUGCAGUCUUCCACCCUCGUCAGGAGCUGAUCCUGAGUAACUCCGAGGACAAGAGCAUCCGUGUCUGGGACAUGUCUAAGAGAACGGGUGUUCAGACCUUCCGCCGGGACCAUGACCGUUUUUGGGUUCUGGCCGCCCACCCCAACCUUAACCUUUUUGCAGCAGGCCACGAUGGAGGAAUGAUUGUGUUUAAGCUGGAGCGGGAACGCCCUGCAUACGCCGUGCACGGCAACAUCUUGUACUACGUGAAGGACCGAUUCCUCCGCCAGCUGGACUUCAACAGUUCCAAGGAUUUAGCCGUGAUGCAGCUGAGGAGUGGAUCCAAGUUCCCAGUGUUCAGCAUGUCCUAUAACCCGGCUGAGAAUGCUGUACUGCUUUGCACGAGAGCCAGCAACCUGGAGAACAGCACCUAUGAUCUUUACACCAUCCCUAAAGAUUCCGACUCUCAAAAUCCUGAUGCCCCAGAAGGUAAGCGUUCCUCUGGCCUGACCGCUGUGUGGGUGGCUCGGAACAGAUUUGCAGUCCUAGAUCGUAUGCACUCCAUCCUCAUCAAGAACCUGAAGAACGAGAUCACAAAGAAAGUGCAAGUGCCGAACUGCGACGAGAUCUUCUACUCUGGAACCGGGAACCUGCUCCUCCGAGAUUCUGAUUCCAUCACCCUGUUUGAUGUGCAGCAGAAACGGACUCUGGCAUCGGUGAAAAUCUCCAAAGUGAAGUACGUCAUCUGGUCUUCUGACAUGUCCCACGUGGCUCUUUUGGCUAAACACGCCAUCAUGAUCUGCAACAGGAAGCUGGAAUCUCUGUGUAACAUCCAUGAAAACAUCCGCGUGAAGAGCGGAGCGUGGGACGAGAGUGGCGUGUUCAUCUACACUACCAGCAACCACAUCAAAUACGCCCUCACCACCGGUGAUCACGGUAUCAUCCGGACGCUCGAUCUGCCCAUUUAUAUCACACGUGUUAAGGGUAAUAACGUAUAUUGCCUGGACCGAGAGUGUCGCCCCCGGGUGCUUACAAUCGACCCAACGGAAUUCAAAUUUAAGCUGGCUCUGAUCAACAGAAAAUAUGACGAGGUACUGCACAUGGUGAGAAACGCCAAGCUGGUGGGCCAGUCUAUCAUCGCUUACUUGCAGAAGAAAGGUUACCCUGAGGUGGCCCUACACUUUGUCAAAGAUGAGAAGACCCGGUUCAGCCUGGCCUUAGAGUGCGGUAACAUUGAGAUCGCUCUUGAAGCUGCUAAAGCCCUGGACGACAAGAACUGCUGGGAGAAGCUGGGCGAGGUGGCUCUGCUGCAGGGUAACCACCAGAUUGUGGAGAUGUGCUACCAGCGCACCAAGAACUUUGACAAGCUGGCCUUCCUCUACCUCAUCACCGGCAACCUGGAGAAGCUGCGCAAGAUGAUGAAGAUAGCCGAGAUCCGUAAAGACAUGAGUGGGCAGUACCAGAAUGCCCUGUACCUGGGUGAUGUGGAUGAGAGAGUGAAGAUUCUCAAGAACUGCGGACAGAAAUCUCUGGCUUAUCUGACCGCUGCGACCCAUGGUAUCAGCGACGAGGAAGAAAAUCUGCGGGAGACCUUUGACCUAGAAAAGGAAAUCAUUCCUGAGGUUGACCCAGAUGCAAAGCUGCUACUACCCUCUCCAGCGGUAAUGCCACUGGACACCAACUGGCCUCUGCUGACCAUGUCUAAAGGCUUCUUUGAGGGAUCCAUAUCAAGUAAAAGCAAAGGAGCGAUGGCGGCAGAUAUCGAUGUUGACACGGUGGGAGGAGAAGGUUGGGGAGAAGAUGCUGAGCUCCAGUUGGAUGAAGAUGGCUUUGUGGAUGCUGGGGAAACGGUUGGAGACGAGACUCCUGGCAAAGGACAAGAAGAAGGAGGUGGAUGGGAUGUGGAAGAAGAUUUGGAUCUUCCACCGGAGCUGGAUGUUCCAUCUGGUCCUUCUGGGACAGGGGAAGAUGGGUUCUUUGUACCGCCCACCAAGGGCGGCAGCCCGGCACAGGCUUGGUGCAACAACUCUCAGCUCCCUGUUGAUCACAUCCUGGCUGGCUCAUUUGAAACGGCAAUGCGGCUUCUCCACGACCAGGUGGGUGUUGUGAACUUUGCUGCAUAUAAGCAGCAUUUCCUCCAUACAUUCUCCCGGGGGCGUGGCACCUACCAGGCUCUCCCAGGGCUCCCCGCCAUGUACAGUUAUCCACAGCGCAACUGGAAGGAUGCAGGGUUAAAGAACGGACUUCCUGCUGUUGGCCUGAAGCUCAGUGAUCUGAUCCAGCGCUUACAGGUGUGCUACCAGCUGACCACAUCCGGCAAAUUUGAGGAGGCCGUGGAGAAGUUCCGCCUGAUCCUUCUCAGCAUUCCCCUUUUGGUGGUGGACAAUAAGCAGGAGAUCUCAGAGGCCCAGCAGCUGAUCACAAUUUGCAGAGAAUACAUUGUGGGGUUAUCCAUGGAGAUAGAACGAAAGAAACUUCCGAAAGACACCCUGGAGCAACAGAAGCGCAUCUGUGAGAUGGCCGCUUACUUCACACACGCCAACCUGCAGCCGGUACACAUGAUCCUGGUGCUCCGGACAGCCGUCAACCUUUUCUUCAAACUCAAAAACUUCAAAACCGCUGCCACGUUCGCCAGGCGGCUGCUGGAGUUGGGACCAAAGCCGGAGGUGGCACAGCAGACCCGCAAAAUCCUUUCCGCCUGUGAGAAAAACCUGACGGACACUUACCAGCUCAACUACGACAUGCACAACCCCUUCGACAUUUGCGCCGCAUCAUACCGGCCCAUAUACCGGGGGAAGCCGGUGGAAAAAUGCCCGCUCAGCGGUGCCUGCUACAGCCCGGAGUUUAAAGGACAGAUCUGCAGAGCCACCACGGUGACGGAAAUCGGGAAAGAUGUCAUCGGCCUGAGGAUCAGCCCCCUCCAGUUCCGUUAGGAAAAUAGUUAGACCCGCCUGAUUUUUAUUUUUUUUGGUCUUUGACCCCGCUCCCUGAAUAUAAUAUAAUGUAGUGUACACGGGCAUCUGUGUCUCUUCCCCGUGCUUGUAACGUUGAUCACAUGGCAUGAACAGAGAAACCGGUCUGCAGUCCUUUUUACUAAUGUGAAGUUCAUCAUCGCAAGAUACUCGUACAUGAAAUAAAAUUUACCAAACUGA